CCGGGCACGGGACCGGCUCCCGGACCCGCUCCGGUGCCCGUAGAGCUGCGGGUCCGUGGGCAGCGACCGCUCGCGGGGCGCUGGACUCGUCCCACGCCGCCCCGGUUUGACCCUGACAGCAGCAGCAGCGUGAAGAGUGACCCAUCCGUGACGCCGGUGGGAUCCCGGCCGUGGAGCCCCAGCUGUGAGCAGCAGACACGGGACCCAGCGUGGCACAGCCUCCCCUGGUCGCCACCAUGCCGAUCCUCAAGCAGCUCGUGUCCAACUCCGCGCACUCCAAGCGCCGCUCGCGGGCCGACCUGACGGCCGAGAUGAUCAGCGCGCCCCUGGGGGACUUCCGCCACACCAUGCACGUGGGGCGCGCCGGGGACGCUUUUGGGGACACCUCCUUCCUCACCAGCAAGGCCGGGGAGCCGGUGCCGGAGGUGGGAGAGGAGCCGGGAGCCUCCAAGCCCAGCCUGCUGUCCCGCCGCUUCCGCAGCAGCAAGCGCUCGCAGUCGGUGACGCGCGGGGACCGCAGGGACAUGCUGGGCUCGCUGCGGGACUCGGCGCUCUUCGUCAAGAACGCCGUGUCCCUGCCCCAGCUCAACGAGAAGGACGUGGACAGGAGCGCGGGGCAGCUGCCCAAGAGCCUCUCCUCCAGCCCCGUGAAGAAGCUGCCCGAGGAGAUGAGCCCCGAAGAGCAGCAGCGGCCGAACGGGGCGGCCGCGGGGCCGCUGAGCCCUGGCUUGGACGAGCGCGACUUCGGGGACAUCACGGACCUGCCCGUGGUGGUGGCCAAGGGCGGGGCGGGCUUGAAGCACGCCGAGUCCAUCAUGUCCUUCCACAUCGACCUGGGGCCCUCCAUGCUCGGGGACGUGCUGAGCAUCAUGGAUAAGGAUCAGUGGGAGCAAGACGAAGAUGCCGAGGCGGAGGAGGAGGAGGAGGAGGAAGAGGAGGGGGGGCCUGCCCCGCCUGGCUCCCCGCUGGUGGCCGUGGCGGCCCCGCCGAGCCAGAGCCCAGCCCGUGGCGCCGGUGGCCGCAGCCCCAGGGACAGCAGUCCGGCCUCCAGCUGCACCUCGGGGCCCGAGGAGCGCAGCCCCAUCCCCCGGCCCCCGAGCCAGCGGGGAGGGCCCCCGAAACGCCCCGACAAGGAGUUCUCGUUCGCUGAUGAAGACGAUGACGAGAUCCGGGUAUAAAGGCGGGAGCCCAGCCGAGGGUCUGGUUCUCACUGCGGUUGAUUGGACACAGGGCUGAACACCCCAACUGGUGGCACUGGGCAAGACUGGACUCCUGCCUGGUUCUCUCUCUGUGCUGCAGCAGGACAGCGCUCUGCUCCCGGGGCUGGGGGCGUUCCUGGCAGCCCCCCGACAGCUCCAGCACUUCCUGGGAGGGGGAAGCAGACUCGAUUUCGGUUCUUUCUGUUGGACUUUGGAUACUAGCUCCUUUCUCCUGCCCCCCGGCCCGUGUAAAGCGAUUUAGGAUCCAACAAGACGAGCCUUUGGAGUUUUAGCCCCUUUAGUAAUAUAUAUAUAUUUUCCACCAUGCAGUUUUUACUGUUUUCUGAUUUGUACUUACCUUUCUCUACUCUCUUUUGGUCUUAACUGAGGGAAGAUUUCCCAUGAGGAAGAACUUGGAGCUCAGAGGUGGCCUGGGACUAUGGGCAGCUCCAGCUUCCUGGGUUUCUUGGGGACUUUCUGCAGACCAGGAGCCUCCCAGUGCCGUGGCAGGUGCUCGCCUCCAUCCCUCGGAUGUAUGGAUGGAUGGAUGGAUGGAUGGAUGGAUGGAUGAUGGAUGCAUGGAUGGAUGGAUGGAUGAUGGAUGGAUGGAUGGAUGGAUGAUGGAUGCAUGGUUCCAUCCCAGAUGCUUGACCCUCCAACCAGCCUGGGGGUCACAGGGAUGCUCCAGGGAUGCUGAUGGAAGUGUGGGUCUGUCCCCUGUGGGAGGAGCACCUGGAAGCUGCCGGAGCCAGGGAAUUCCGGUGUCCCGGUGGGGCCGGGCAGUGCUGGGAGCAGGCGGAGGUUUUAUACCGUGUAUGUACAGAUAUGAGGAAUAAAGGAAAUGGUAGUGACCGCUGUGGCCUGAGUUCCUG